GAUUUUUUUAAAUUAAAUAUGAUGAAUUCAAGAUACUAAAUAAGCAUAUAACCUAAAAAUGAUUUAAUUGAAGUUGAAAUUGAGUAAAACACUUUAGUAAGGGAACUAUAUGAACUCAUUUAAAUGACUUAUUAGUAAUUAAAAAUUAGAAAUUUUAUAGAUUUGAAGAUCCUAUUGAAAAAUGGACAUGUUUUUCUUCUAUUAGAAAGUUAUUCUUAAAAACUACUGAUCAGGUUGGAUUUUGUUAGAAUGACACUUUAACAAUUAAUACAAAAUUCAUUCCUUCUUAAGAUUAUAUGCAAAUUUUUAUUAACCUUUAUAUUAAUAUCACAGAUGGCUAAAUGAAAAAAGCAUUUCAAAUAUAAGUGGAUCAAAAUAAUUCUCUUGAGGAAUUAGCCUAAUCUAUAUUAGCUUAUUGUUAAUUAUCAAAUUAUUAGUAUAGAAUUUAUUAACUAAUUAGAAAUAUAGCAACAGUAGAUCUUUUAAUCUAAAAUUAACCUUAUAAUGAUUCUGUUAAGAGAGGAAAAUCAUUGUUUUUAUUGUAAAUCAAAAAUAAUUGUACAAUAGAAGCUAAAAUUAGAUGGUUUGGAGGGUUUUAAAAAUGA